AUGGGUGUGCAAGGACUAUGGCAGCUGCUUCAGCCUGUCGCUCGUCCCAUCAAGAUCGAAACGCUCGAAGGCAAGCGCCUUGCCAUUGACUCGUCACUAUGGCUUUACCAUUUCCAGAUGGCUAUGCGUGACAAGGACGGUCGCACCUUGUCCAACGCCCACAUUCUCGGCUUUCUCUGGCGCAUCCUCAAGCUUCUCUUUCACGGUGUUCGUCCCGUGUUUGUCUUCGAUGGAGGUGCCCCAGCCAUGAAGCGCAAGACGCUCUCCGGUCGAAAAGCCCGCAAGCAAGGUGCAAAGGAGUCACACGCCCGAACCGCAGAGAAGCUUCUCGCGGCACAGAUGAGGCAAGCCGCCGUCAAACAUGUCGCUGACAGCCAGAACCGUGCAUCCUCCUCAUCUGCAGCGCAGGUCUCGACUUCCCAGGAUGCGGUUGACCUGGGCGAAAACACGGUUUAUUUCGACGACCUCCACGCCGCCAAUCCCCGAGUACUAGCCUCGCGCGACCUUCAAUCGACAGCCCCUACCAGCUCAGCUCCAGCGAGCCGAGACAAGAGCUCUUCGCCGACCAAGUCAGGUGGUCGCAAGAUGGACUGGCACAAGGAUCCAUACGCUCUGCCAGCCUUGGAAGAGGAUCUCGACAAAGUCGCUGCCGCCAACGGCCGCAACGGUAGGCGCAAGGACUACCGCUUUGCCACCGAGGAUGAGCUGCGUGCCGUGAUGAGCACGAUCGCACCCGAAGAUCUCGACACCAACUCUGACCUCUUUCGCAGCUUGCCUGCCGAGCUUCAGUACGAGCUUGUCGGUGAUUUGCGUGCUCAAUCGCGCAUGACUUCGUACAAGCGUUUACAGUCCAUGCUUGCCACAGCCCCCACCCCCAUCGAUUUCUCUCGCGCUCAGAUUGCCGGCCUCAAGACACGAAACGACCUGACCCAAAAAGUGCUCACUGUUACAGACGAGAUUGGCAAUGCCAACAUCAAGGUGCCCAUCCGCGUAGCUGGCCAACGCAACAAAGAGUAUGUCCUCGUUCGCAACCAAGGAGCUGAGGGCGGAUUUGUGCUCGGCGUGCGCGAUGCCGGUAUGACCCAGGACAAAGCCAUCGACGUUGACUACGAGCCUGAGGAUAUCGUCAUCACAGACGACGAGGCACAGCGUUCCGAUUCCGAUUCCGAUCCUGAAAUCGAGAUGGACGAGGUCGAGAUCCCCGUCCAGCCGUCUGGUUCGCAAUCUGUAAGUCGAACCGCCGAUCCAGAGCUUGACCAGCUACAGACUGAAGCAGAUCCAUACAAGCGCAAAGAGAAAGCGCUCGAGCUGCUUCAGGCGCGUGCCAAGUAUCAUGCCAAACAAAAGAGCAGCAAGCCAGGCAUCCAAGAUGACGACAACAACCAGCUUGAACGCACUCUUCGACCUCAACAACAACGUCAACAACGCCCCCUCUUCAUUCGUAACCGACGUACAACUGCUGCCGAGUCCAGCAAUUCUCCUGAUCAGACCGACUGGAUCGAUGUCGAUGCAGAUUCGGAUGACGACAACCAUGAUUUUCAUAGGAUGCCAGAGAACGACGACGACGAGCUGGACGAAGAUGAAGCCGAGGACCUCGCCUGGGCCAUCGCCGAGUCUCAAACGUCCAACAACCCAAGUCGCGCAAAGGAGCCAUCUCCUCCUUUACGCGGUCUCAAGCUGGCCCAUCGCAGCGGCGAGCCCAUUUCGCUUCACGACGCCAUGUCACACAGGCAGCAGUCGACACAGUCGACGCAGUCACCUGUCAGCAGCAGCAGAGCACCUGAUCUGCAUACAUCCCAGACUGACAUCGCUGCGGCGGCUGGCGCCCAGGAUGCAGAGAGCUUCGAGAUCAACGAAGAUGACUUUGAAGACGUGCAGCCCGAAGCGCCGUCCACAUUACGUGAGGUUCAGCCAGUUGUCGAGCCACAGCCACUGUUGGACGCAUUCGGUCGAGAUCCAUCUCCUGCCGACAUGCCUGAUCGCAUGCACGAGCUGGCAGCGCUUGUUGGCCGCGGCAGAAAAUUCGGCGGUGAAUUUGCGGGCCCACCACCUCCGCCUCGUAAGAGUCUGGCGGGCAGUCUUCGAGCCGCACGUCGAUCCACGUCGACAACUGACCUUCGCGAGCAGUCGAAACCAAUGCCGUCCCCCGACACGUCGAUCAAGGAGAGCGAGAAGGAGACACAAUCGGAAACGCCUCCACGCCCGCCCAUCGCAAACGCAGGUCACAUGGGACCGCCGCUUCGUUCCGCUUCACAGCAGCGACUCGAGCGUGCAGCCAUGCGGCCAAAGUCUGUUACGCCAGCAGAGGCAACCGCGCGGACGCUGCACGAAGAUUUAUCUCCCACGCCCGAGGAAGUCAAUCGUCAGAUCGCAGUCGAUCUCUAUGCAGACGAGGCGAAGGACGAUGCCGAUUUUAAGGUGAUCGAGUCCGCACCGCUGAAGGAGAGGAGCGAUUCAAGGAGAGAAUCACGAUCCGCACAAAGCAAGACGUUGAAAAAUGCCACAGUCUCAACCCUACAUGGGCAAGCAGGUGAGAGCAUGGUAGCCAGCGAUGCGGCAAAGACUGUGGACGCGGUAGACAGCCAGGUCGCUCAGCAGGAAGAACCUGAAGAGACCGGAGUGCCGGUAUCUUUGUCAGUCCCAGAGGUGGUAUUGAAUGGAGCUCAAGGACCCGGCAUCACAAAAGAUGGCGCAGACGUCGAAGCCAAGACCAUGGACAACGUCCCCUCCGCAUCCACAGAGCACACGGUUGAACCUACAUCCAUAGAGACAGCACCGAUAGAAGGCAUUGAGAAGCGCUCCAGCCGACAACAGACACCGAUUGGAUGGUCGCCCACACCAUCACCCGAGCCUGAAGCCGUUGUUAUCGGCGCCGACGGAUUCCCCCUCCCGACUGCGGAAGAGCUCGACGCACUUGACGCAGAAGACCAAGACGAGAUCGCGCGACUGAAUGCCGAUCAAAACGAGUUUGUCGCGUUUCUGAGCGCCACCAAAGGCCGCAGCCUGCUUGACGUGCAGAAGGAAGUGGCGAGCGAAGUGAAUGCUCUGCGUGCCGAAUUUGCCAACAGCCGACGAUCCGAAGAGGAUAUCACCAAGCAGAUGGCACAAGAGAUUCAAAUGAUGCUUCGCCUGUUCGGACUGCCGUACAUCACGGCACCGAUGGAAGCCGAAGCACAAUGCGCCGAACUCGUCUCUCGACGUCUAGUGGAUGGUAUCAUCACGGAUGACAGCGAUGUAUUUCUGUUCGGCGGUACACGCGUCUACAAAAACAUGUUUAACAACAACAAGAUCGUCGAGUGUUUCCUGCUCUCGGACAUGCAGCGAGAACUGGGACUGGAUCGCGAGAAGCUUGUGCAGCUGGCCUACUAUCUGGGGAGCGAUUACACCGAGGGACUUGUAGGUGUCGGACCCGUUGUAGCGAUGGAGCUGCUUGCGCUGUUUCCUGGUCAAGAUGGACUGCUCAAGUUCAGGGACUGGUGGAUGCGCGUGCAGAUGGGUCAGGACACCGAAGAGCAUACGCGCGGGAAAACGAUGCGACGAAUCAAAAGGAAUCUACACAACAAGGUGCACCUCGAACCGUCGUGGCCGGAGCAUGCGGUGUUGGACGCGUACUUUGCUCCCACGGUGGACGAGAGCGAUGAACCAUUUGCGUGGGGUCUACCGGACCUAGAUAGCUUGCGAACAUUUCUGGGCGAAUAUCUGCACUGGCCAGUGACCAAAACGGACCAGUACCUGCUGCCGAUCAUCGAGCGUCAGAAUACGCGCAAUCGAGCACGAGGUAAUCAGACGACGCUCGACCGGAAUGCGUUCUUUGAUGCUUCGUCUGGUACGGGUGUCUAUGCGGGCAGAAAGACGGUCACGUAUGCAAGCAAUCGGUUGCAAGAAGUUAUCAAUGGAUUCAGAGCGGCGAACAAGGCUCGAAAGGGUGGUGGGGGCGAAGCUGAACGUAGACGCGCUCGUGGUGGUAACAGUAGCAGCAGUAGCAGCAGUGAUGGCGAGGAUGAGUUUCAGGUGGUAGAUGCAAGGAUGCAGACGCCUGUGGUGGCGGAGGAGAUGCUGGGUAAGCAAAUGGGCAGAACGAGACGUAUUGUGCGGCGCGACGAAGGCACCGAGGCGAAUGGUGGUGCACGGAUGAAAGAUGCACAAACGAGCGAAGCUCGGCAAGCCGAACUGGAUGCAGCGAUCGAAGCGCUCGAGAAUGCGACUGGAGCGCAAGGCUCGACAAGCAGCGCAAGCAGCGCAAGCAAACGCAAAAAGAAGCGGACCAAGCAGGCGAAAGGUCAGACGGAUGCAGACGCACAAGAUGGCGUGUGCGGCUCGGCAUGCUCGGCGUCAAGUGCAGAUGAAGCAGUGGUCGUAGCAAAGACUGCACGUUGGACGCGUGGACGACGUGGCAGAAGCACGGCUGCUCGUGCUCGCUCGAUGACAGGACGCGGCAGCAAGGCGCGUGCGAAUCUGAAUGCGGCGAGGAACAUGUCGUUGGACGACGUGCACUCGCUACCGCCGAGUCGAAGUGCGAGUUUGGAUCCGGCUGUGUUGCGCGCACGAAGCACGACCCGGUCGAGAAGCGCUAGCUCGAACGCGUCUGCGCAUCAGUAG